AGUAUAUAUAAUUCUGAAAUGAAGAAAAGUCAACUUUAGACCCAUUUCGAAGCGAAACUCAUGUCCGCCGUGAAAUCUGUCUCUUCCUUCAGGCUCGCCUCUCUCCUCCGCCGUGAGAAUGAUCCUUCCGCCGCCAUGAAGCUUUUCCGAAACCCUGAUCCAGAAUCAACGAACCCAAAAAGGCCCUUCAGAUACUCGCUUCUUUGCUACGAUAUCAUCAUCACGAAACUUGGUGGCUCCAAGAUGUUUGACGAGCUAGAUCAGUCGUGCACUCCACAUGUUCGACGAAAUGCCUCAAUACCGUUGCCAACGCACUGUGAAAUCUUUGAACUCUCUGUUGAGUGCGCUUUUAAAGUGCGGUGAGUUGGAGAAAAUGAAGGAACGUCUUUCGAGUAUUGAUGAGUUUGGUAAGCCUGACGCUUGUACUUACAAUAUACUGAUCCAUGGAUGUUCUCAGAGCGGGUGUUUCGAUGAUGCCUUGAAGCUAUUCGAUGAAAUGGUCAAGAAAAAAGUGAAGCCCACUGGUGUUACCUUUGGGACGUUGAUUCACGGGUUGUGCAAGGAUUCGAGGGUGAAGGAAGCACUGAAGAUGAAGCACGAUAUGUUAAAAGUGUAUGGAGUGCGUCCCACGGUACACAUUUAUGCGUCGUUGAUUAAAGCGCUUUGUCAAAUUGGUGAAUUGAGUUUUGCGUUUAAGCUUAAGGAUGAGGCGUACGAAGGAAAGAUUAAAGUAGACGCAGCUAUAUACUCUACGUUGAUUAGCUCACUUAUAAAAGCUGGAAGGUCGAAUGAGGUAUCGAUGAUUUUGGAAGAAAUGAGUGAAAAAGGAUGCAAACCUGAUACAGUGACUUACAAUGUACUAAUUAACGGGUUCUGUGUUGAGAAUGAUUCCGAAUCAGCUAAUCGAGUCUUGGAUGAAAUGGUUGAAAAGGGCUUGAAACCAGAUGUUAUAAGCUACAACAUGAUACUUGGUGUCUUUUUUAGAAUCAAAAAAUGGGAAGAAGCUACUUACUUGUUUGAAGAUAUGCCCAGAAGAGGUUGCAGCCCUGAUACCUUAUCGUAUAGGAUAGUUUUCGAUGGGCUUUGCGAAGGUUUACAAUUCGAAGAAGCUGCAGUUAUCUUAGACGAAAUGCUUUUCAAAGGUUAUAAGCCUCGCAGGGAUAGGCUAGAGGGAUUUCUGCAAAAGCUAUGUGAGAGUGGAAAGUUGGAGAUUCUGAGUAAAGUUAUUAGUAGCUUGCAUAGAGGGAUUGCUGGUGAUGCAGAUGUGUGGUCGGUUAUGAUACCUACAAUGUGCAAAGAACCCGUGAUAUCGGAUUCUAUUGAUUUGUUGUUGAACACAGUAAAGGAAGAUGGUCCUUUAUCAGCAAUGCCACAAUGCUAGGUCACGUGUUGUACAAGUUAAUGAGGCUGGUGUUUGAGUACCAGAGAGCAAAACUUUCAACAGCCGAAUCUUGGACUUAGGGAUAGAAUGCUAUCUGUGUUUGGAUUUGAGAUUUUGGUUUCAGAAAAAUAGUAACCAAUGUAAAGCCAAUCUAUGUAAGAGUGGGAAGUUGGAGAUUCUCGGUAAAGUUGUCAGUAGCUUGGCAUAGAAGGAAUGCUGUUGCUGAAGAUAUCUGGUUGUUUUGUUUAUAAUAGUCACAGUGUGCAAAGAUCAAGGAAGAGGGUCCUUUAUCAGCAAUGCCUCAAUGCUAUGUCACUUGUCGGGCAAGUUAAUGUUGCUGAGAACUUUGUUCCGGUGGGCAAGAUGGAUUAUCUGCAGGCAAACAUGAGUUCAUUAUUAGUUGAUUUGGCUACUGGCCAAAGUCACCCUUUUUAUAUUAAUGAAAACCCUUUAACAAAAAUAAAGUAUAGGACUAAAAAAAAAGUAGAACAAGGCUAAAAAAAGCAGUAUAUAUAGUCGAGUGAGCCACGUGCGUAUAUAGUCGAGUGAACAGGGCUAAAAGCAGUAUAUGGCAUUGCUCAUAUAUAUAGUCGAGUGAACCACGUGCGUAGAUCUUGAGAUGGUUUGUUGAGUGAGUUGACACAUUCUUCAUGCGCCACGAAGAAGCACUCCUUGCAGUGAUAGCCGGAGCCACUAGUUUCAUUGCAAUUUAGCGAGACCCGUCCGAUCUCGAAGUAUUAUCAAUACAGCCCAUAAAAGAAGAAAUGUAAUUGUGGGCUCAAUGAAGACCUUUUACGAGAUAACAUAUUCAAACAGACUUAAACGGAUCAUUAGUAACAGAUCAUAUACACACAGAGAUAAAUUCGAAAAUUUCUUCUAAAACCAAAGUAUUGGAAACUUGGAUUCAUUUUCGAUUUG